UUUUUAGGACUGCUGCGCACAAGGAGAUUCAGGAAGCGAUUUAGAGCUCUUGGAGUUCUAACAGUUUAACGCCAUGGACGACAACGUAUCGUUGAAAUCGGCAUCGAUUAAUCUGGACGUCACGAAGGACAACAUGCUAGAUCUUUCGAUAACAUCAAUUCCAAUUACCGACGAGAAGACUGCUAUGGAAAACAUUGCGAGAAAUGGUUCCCGAGCAAGUGGGCUCGACUCUCCUCCUCACGAUUUUCCACCUCCACCACCGCCGCUUGCUCUUGCAAGCUCUGCUCGGGCAGCACUUCCGCUACCGCCACCACCGCCGCCUCCACCACCACCGCCACCACCACCCGAAACGCGGCCACAGCUAACUCGGCAACCGUCCAUUCCUACGAUGUCAGAAAGUUCCCUUUCAUCGCUGAAAACAGUACAAGAGAACCCGCCGCUCCCUUCAACAACCAAUUCGUCCGAGAAGCCUCGUUCGCCCAAACUUGUGCGACAUGGUGAGUGGACAGCAUACCGCGUAUCACACAAGCAGGGCAAUGCCUUCCUGCGAGUGAAAACUCACAUUUUUGGUAUUGGGUUCAAAUCGAGCCCGUGUUCACAUAAAGUAUACGAAAGUAUACGAAUCCUGCGAUUUUCUUGUUAA